AAGCUAAGACUUCCUUUUUUUGGUUCAUUUAAACAAAAACAACAUCUUAAGUAAAAUACAACAACAAAAACACAAACUAAACAAAAAACCCUAGUUCUCUCUCUCUAGUUAGCCGCCGCAAACCAGAUCAAAUCUUCAAACGCCGUUUUGCCUCUUUGGUGGUCGGUUUCGGCCGGCACCGUGAGAGGGCCUCUCUUCUCUUUUUAGUUUUUUUUUUCCUUUGUGUCGAUUUUUUUUAGCCGGCGGCGGCUCCUCCUUCUUUGUGGCUUAAUCAAAGAGUUUUAAGUCGACGGCGAGCGGAGAUAGUUCUCUCAGAUGGAGGUUCGUUGGUAGAUCUACAAUGGGGAACUAUGACUCUCGACGACGGCAGCAGAUCUGGUGGAUUUCUUCGUCAGUCUCUUCGCGGAGGUACCUCUCCUCCGAUGAACCUCCUUGGUAGUGGUGGCUCAGUGUUAAGAAGGUACAGAGGUAGGCGGAUCGUGGUUUUCGAGCUUGGUUGUGAAGAUCCUAUCGAUCCCGGGCAGAUUUACAUGAUUCAAGGCGUAUUAGCUAUGCUGCCGUCAACGACUCCUGAUGGAGAAUUAAUGAGAAAUGGGGGAGAAAAGAAAACCAUUUGGAUUGUAGAAGAAGAAGGAAAGCUCUCCAAUAAAGCCUCGACUUCAAGAAAUUUUUGUCUCAGCCCGGUUGAUCCGGUUGAGUAUCAGUCGGAUUAGUAUGUCCGUUUUAGGCUUAGGACCGAAAUAGUGAAAGCAGAGGAGUCAAAACCCUUCUGAAGUUGCGCUUUUGGCGUAGAUGCUAUUAGGACAUGUUCUACACUCGGAUCAUGAGGGACUAAUAGCUUGGAAUUGGAUUGGAUCUCAGGAUAGGAUUUGAUUUUCUUUGUGCUAGAAAUGUUUUCGUGUCAUUGGGUGAAUUUUGGUGGUUUAAAAGAUGAUUUCACUUAGAGUCGUGGUGUAAUUCAUCUCGUUGUGGUUGGAAAAAUACAGUGAAUUUCGGUUGGGUAGCGUUGAAUCCAUCAUAGUGUUUCAAGGUGAUAAUAGACUGAUUCAUUGUAUUUGGUUAAAAUAUGUUUUGGUCGAAUGACUUGUACCUUUGAAUUGGUUAGUGGAAAGUUGAUGUUGAGCCAAAAAAAAAAAAAAAAA